AUGAAUUGCACUAGAGCAAAAACAGUGAUAGCGGACUCUUCAAUCAACUUUACACUCAAAGUAUCAUUUGUUGGAGACACUUCCAGUGACAAGGAUCGAAAAAUACUGAUGUACUCCCUCUACUUUACAAUGGAUAUGAAAUUUGGCAAUAGAAUUGGACGUAUUUCGGUCUCAAAUUAUCAGAACGACGUCGGGAAGGAUAAGAGCUAUUUUCCAUUUAAAGGAACAACCCUCGCAGUGAUAGUGUUUAAUGCCCAAGACCACUCAUACAAAAACAUUACUAAAUGGCACGAGGAAGUGACUCGAUAUUGUGGGAACGUCUUAACCCUUCACACUGUUUUUGUUGGUGUUAUUCAAAAGCCCAAAAAGAGUUUCAAGUCGGAUGAGAAGAUCAACAAUUUUAUUAAAGAAAUACCACACAAAGUGUAUUGUAGAUACACUCCCGGUGACAUCUUUCCAUUUUUCACUGAUUUUUAUCAACAAGUUGACGACUUGAAGAAGACCCACUUCACCGAGGAGUUCAUUCUGAAAGAAGAAAAAGAGAGGCAGCGUUCACGUAAUAAGACCCGAUGUGUCUCAACACCUAUGUUCGCCAAUUUACAGUCACCGCAAGGCAAAGCCAAAUUUGUAACAAAAUCAGAGACUGAGUUAUAUGUGCUAAUAAAAGCACUUUGGGCGUGCGACUCGUCGUUAUCCACUGAAGCACAUAAGAUGGUUCAAAACUUACUUGAUGUGCCGGCGUUCAUGGGUGAUGACAUUGUCGACUACCCCCACCACUUCAUCAAAAAAGAGGACGCAACAAUUCGUCUCAAGUUGGAUGUGUACAACCAUGUCAUUCAACAUGGGAAGUCUUACACGCCAUUUUUCAACGUUUCUAUCGUGACACUGGUCUUUCGAUUUGACGAAGAGUCUUCAUUCAAGAAUGUCAUCAAUUGGUAUAAAGAGUCACAACGGUUUUGUAACCUUCCAGCUGUCAAAUUUAUACUGGUCGGUGUCGAAGAUAAUAACACCAUUGCAACGAUCACCGACUUCCAAAUCGACGAGGUGAAGAAUGAGAUCGAGAAGACUAAGCAAUUCAACUAUGUCAAAGUAACUACCACAGACUAUUCAAACUUCAAGAACCUCUUCUAUAAGAUAGUCGACGAAAUCUACGGGACAGAGUACCCCGUCGAGUAUUUGAAGGGGUGUUGGACAAACCCAUCCAUUAGACAGGCCUGUUUCAAAAUUACAGAAAACAUUAAAGACGCUCAAAGAGUUCAACAGUUCCUCGACGCUGAAAACCAGAUGGAUGAGGAACGAGCAGAAAACGUUAAUUUGCUUGGUGGCUUUGAGGAGGAGUAA